AUGGCGCAUCCUCCCGUCCAGACCCUUCAUCGGGACCCCCAGCUAUUCUACUGGAUCCUCGUCCCCAUCACCAUCGUCAUGGUCCUCACGGGCGUACUCCGCCACUAUGCUACCGUCCUCAUGGCCGCGGCACCCAAGAAGCUCGACGUCAAGGCCAUGCGCGAGCAGCGAGCCCUCGCCCGCGGCAUGGCCCUUCGCUCCAACUACCACGUCCUCUCCCGAAGCAGCUUCGAAGCCCGGCGAGAGACCCUCAUUGCCGGAUACGAGUCGGGCGCAUACCUCAAGGAGCCCGACCGACAGGGUCAGCCGCCUGCCAACCCGCUCACCGAUCCCGGUGCCAUGGAGGGUAUGAUGGGCAUGAUGAAGAACAACAUGGCCAUGAUCAUCCCCAACACGCUCAUCAUGAGCUGGAUCAAUGCCUUCUUCAGCGGAUAUGUCAUCAUGAAACUUCCCUUCCCGAUUACCAUCAAGUUCAAGAGCAUGCUGCAGGCCGGUGUGCAGACCAAGGACAUGGACCCGCGCUGGAUGUCAAGCAUCAGCUGGUACUUUCUCUGCAUCUUUGGUUUGCAGUUUGUCUACGUCUUCCUGCUAGGCAGUGACAACGCUGCCAGCCAAAUGGCUCAGCAGAUGGCCGCGCAGCAAAUGCCCAUGGGCCCCAUGGGUGGCCCCGGACAGGACCCCGACAAGCAGUUCAAGGCAGAGGCCGAAAACCUUGCCGUUGUCGAGCACUACUCCGUGCUGGAUGAUGUCGAGCUCCGCCUCCUCGAGGGUAUCAAGUCGUAG